AUGAUGUUUCUGGGAUGGCACACAACCAAGUUGCUUUCGAGGAGCAGGAAAAAUGUAACUUCACCGUUAGCAAGAAAAUGGAAGUUCACAAAGGAGGUGCGUCAUUUUUCAGCUAGCUACUUAUUAGAAGAGGACGUCGGGAUCGACCAUUUUAUGGGCGACUUUUUAGGUGAAAAUGGAUUCCAUGGGGAGGAAAAAAAAAAAGACCUCAUGUGCAUCUUUAAAUAUAGAUGUGAAGAUUUUCACGUCUACGAAAUUGGGAAAGAUAAAAAUGUUUUGAAUUUGAGCUAUGUGAGGGGGAGGGUGCAAGGUGAGCGUGGGAGUGGCGAAGCGAGAGACAGCCUCGAAAGGGUACAUGGUGGUGAUACGGCUGGAAAAAAGCAAAAAAUAACAGACGAGAAACGUGGAUCGAUGCAAGAACGGAGAGACCACGAUGGAUGCUACGGUUCGCCACAACCAGACGGGGAAAGUAACCCCCAAGAGGGGAAAAACGAAUGGAUAAGUUUUAUUCUGUAUAAGGUGAACAAGGACACGCAAGAAGCUAUUAGAGAAAUUAGCAAAAGGACGAACAUUCCCAUAAAAGAUUUUUACUACGCAGGUUUUAAGGACAAAAGGAGUGUGUCCACGCAGAUCAUUUCCACUAGCAUGAUGCACAUUCGUAAAAUAAGAAACAUGAUGAGCAGUGACCUCUCGGAUCAUGAGCAGCUGAAGAAGAGGAGGAUGAGGAAUAUACAAAUUUGUAGCCUCGAAAAGGUGCACCAAAAAAUCGAGUUAGGCGCACAUAGCGGCAAUCGCUUUGUGAUAGUUCUCAGAAAUGUGCAAACGCAUGAGGAUUAUUUAAGGCAUAAAUUGGAGCAGAUUAAAAAACAUGGGUUCAUAAACUAUUUUGGAAUGCAAAGAUUUGGGGUCUAUAAAAAUACCUUCAAUAAGGGGAAGGCGUUAAUACGUAGGGACUACAAAGAAUACAUAGGGCAUGUCUUAGAUCCUCACAUUUUUGAAAAUAAAAUGUUUUAUGGAAAUUCUACUAAAGAUAAUCUGACGAUUUUCUUGAAAAAUGCUUGCAACAUAUAUCAGAAGAAGAACGCCACCUUUGCGUUUCGUUAUUUGUCUCACCAAACGAAUAAGCUGCUUAAAAGGAGCGACGCGAUUGCGGGUGACGAGCUGGGAAAGCCGGCUAGCGCGAACAAGCAGCUCUAUUCGUAUCUGACCAAUUCGGAGUACGAGGCGUACAUCCUGCUGCGCAAUUUGUACAUGUACGAGAGGAAUAGCCGCGGAAGGGGAGGCGAUGUUAGCGGUGGUGGCGAUGGUAGCAGUCGCACCGAUCUAAGUGACCGACGAAGCAGCGCGAAUGAACACGCCGAAACGGGGAAGCGGAAACGUUCCGUCGACAGUGUGCAGAAUGGCCCCGGAAAAAAUCACACUAACACACCCGAGAGAGAAACCCAUUUUUACCAGAACGAGAAGACAUGCGUUAAGGGGGUGAGCAUGGAGACAAGGAGAUUUCACAUGCACUCGUACAGCGCGAAGAUAUUCAACAUGUUAACCUCGUACCGGUUGGAAAACUUCGGUGCCGCGCCUGGAAAGGGGGACUACGUUUUUGUGAAAGAGGUGCAGUCGCAGGGGGGGGAGGCAAAAGCGCAGCAUAAUUACAUAGCUGUGUUGUAUGGCAGUGGGGGGAGCGGCGAAAGGGGGAGCAGCGGCAGCAGCGGUGGUGAUGGGCCCCUCUACUGCGAUGACCAAGUGAAAGGCGCAAACAUCUACAACGUCGUGUUGCCCGUCCUGGGCAGCAUGCCCCCCAGGCUCUCCUACCUGAACGUCUUCAAACGGCUGUACAGAAAAUACAGAGGAAGCCAAGAAAGACUCGUCUUCUUAGAAAUAUUACUCUACCUGAUGUGUACGCUCCACGAAGAUGAGCUGUUUAGGGUGCAUGACGAUAAGGUAGCAAGUGGGUUCCUAAAGCAUUUGAUAAAAAAGGAGAAAAAGAAAAAUGGAAACCAGUCCAUUCGACUAGCUAGCGAUAAUAUAUUAAGCAAUGCCAUUCCGAUUAAACAGGCCCUACAUACAAUAAAAAAGUUCGACGCGUAUGUCAAUUCGUUUGAAUACGAGUAUGGAAUGACUUGCGUCUUUAGAAACGUAGUCGCGCGGCCAGCCAAUCUGUAUUUCUGCUUCUGUCAGUAUAAGGAACCGAAGAGGAAAUUCCUCUCCGAUUUGAAUGUCGCCUCCAAUUUUGAGAAAAAUAAAAAUUCAAAAGGGAGAGUGCAUGCUCAACGGUGCAGCGAAAGGGGGGUAUACAACAAUGGGGAGAUGAAGAGCGUCCCCACCUCGGCCAGUAAGUAUAGCGAAAUAGCUGUGCAUGGUUGGCAGGUUGAACAGACAGACAGGGAUGAAAAGGGGAGAUACGCACAUCAUGUGGAUGCAAGUCGGUAUAACAAUACUCCCCCAGAAGGGAAAAGGGAAAAUAUGAGCAGCGAACAUUUUCAAAGUGAAAGAAGUAGUAAAGAAAACAUGACAAAGUACGAGCGAAAUUUGGGCGCCCUGAUAUUAAGCUUUAGCCUGAGCUCCUCCUCCUAUGCCACCAUGUUGGUGCGGGAGUUGUACGGAAAACGCAAUGAGCUGCUGGUUCACAAUUUGAUUAAAAAUUGUGAGAAGUAUGACGAAGAAGUUGGAAUGUUAGGGGAGAAGAGAUGGGAAGGGACAACAGAAUGA